CCACAGUGUAGACGACGACCCAUGAGAUAACACUGCCGCUCCUCAACUGAUAAAAAUGUCGCCACUGAAUCACCAACAACAACAAGAUAGCAAAUCUGAUAAGAAGAACUGCAGCUACCAUCAAGAAGAAGAUAACACUGACGCUCCUCACUGUCUUCGAGAAGGUCUCCUGUGACCACAAUACCCGCCAAAUUGUCCCUCCCACAGUACUCUCAGGACACUUGUGGCAGUGUAAGUGUGUGGUGAGGCCACACCACUGAAGACAUUGAGGAUAUACCACGAGGGAGAGACAAAACUGUGUUGAAGGUCACUGCCUCCACUUGACUACCUUGUUCCUUGCACUCUCAUCAUCCUCUGUAACACUGCUUCCAGUCUCUGCUCGGCUACCCAGGACGAUAGCAAACACAACUUCUGCCCAUUAAUGAUGGAUAACAAGCCAGAGGCAUGUUCAGUGUGUUUUAUCGAUUAUGAUGACAAUCAGCUACGACCUCGCAAUCUGCCGUGCGGCCACACAUUCUGCUCCCAGUGUAUUGACAAUGCUAUCAAGAAUGGUCAGCUGUCCUGCCCCAGCUGCCGUGCCCAGCACACUGCCACAGCUGCUACUCAGUUCCCAAUUAGCUAUGCUGUGGAGGCAUUUGUUAGGAAACUCAAAAACAUCCAGCUAACAACUGAGGAAGUAGUGCCAGCAAAACCUUCUGAAGGUCCUGCCAGAGGCAUCAGUAAGACGUUACGUUCCCUGGUGCAGGAGCAGAAGAACAUCAUCAGCAGCCUCAUUACUAGCUGUGAAGAGGUACUGUCCCAGCUGGGGAAGUACCGGGGGCAGCUGGGGGACUGGAAGACUCACCACCUCCAGCUCCAGGACAGACUCUAUGCUCUAUUAGAGGAGAACAAGUCAGCGAUGAAGCUCUUGGAACUGGAGGAUACCAGUGUGGUGGAUAUGACAAUACAAGGAGAGGAAGGGAAGACUCAGCUGCAGGCCAUGUUGGGGAGCCUCGACACAGUCAACACCCCACAGGAGGUUGGCACAACCAUAGACACAGCUGAUGGGUGCAAGAUGAAGGUAGAAGAUUGGCUCCAGAAGUGCCAGGAACUCUUCCCAGAUGUCAAGACUGUCCACACCUCAGUGAAGGUUGAGGACCUCCGCAGGAUGAGUGAGCCCGUCAAGAUGCUGAUGGAGGUUGGCCGGGUGUUGGCCGCCAAGAGGCUGGUGGAGGCUGGCCGGGUGGUGGCUGUUAAGGAAGUUAAGGAAGUUAAGGAAGACCAAGAUGGCCGCCGCUCCGCCAGGAUAACUCUAGAACACGGAAAGCUGUACCUCCACUCACUCCUGGAUCAGCCCAUGCCCGCUCACGCCCACACCCUCCAGGAGAGUGAGGUUGUGGGCAUGCUGAACCCCUCCUGCACCCUGGCGUUCCUUGACCUCGGGUGGGAGGGGUCAACAAGAGGGCGGGUCACCAUCGGGCUGACCUCUCACACUCGGCUGGCCAGACAGUUUGUGUUGUUGUGUACGGGCGAGCAGGGCCACACCUACCGCAACACUAAACUGUUGCGGGUGGGGAACAAGGGUAAGCCGGGGGAGUGUGUGAAGGGCGGAGACUACGAGAGUAAUGAUGGUAAGGGAGGAGCCCCACUGCCCCUGGAGGAGUCUGGCCUCCAGGGGCAGUACCAGGGGUCAGACGAGGCAGGAGCUGUGUGGGGCUUGGAUAAGCCGGGGGGUCCCAGGAGUGCCCAGUUCGGCAUCACCAUCAGGGACCGAAAGGAUGGUCGCCAGUGGCCACGUGUCUUCGGUAAUGUGGUGAGUGGCAUGGAUGUGGUGAGGGCAGCAGUCCACCACAGGGACAUUACGCAGGUGACUGUUGUGGACUGUGGUGUUGUGCUGACACUCUAGUUCACUGUACCAUCACUACUGUGGUGUUGUGCUGCCACUCUAGUUCA